CUCUAUGGAUUGUUUCAGUAUAAUUGGAAUAUGAUUGGACUGGAAUCCUUACCUGACCCCUCAGAUACCUGGGAAAUUAUCGAGACCAUUGGCAAAGGCACGUAUGGUAAAGUCUAUAAAGUCACUCAUAAGAAAGAUGGGAGCUUGGCAGCGGUGAAGAUUCUAGAUCCUAUCAGUGAUGUGGAUGAAGAAAUUGAAGCAGAAUACAACAUUUUGCAGUUUCUUCCUAAUCAUCCGAAUGUUGUUAAAUUUUAUGGAAUGUUUUACAAAGUAGAUCAAUACGUGGGUGGCCAGCUCUGGCUUGUUCUUGAGCUGUGUAAUGGAGGGUCUGUCACAGACCUCGUCAAAGGCCUGCUGAAGUGUGGCCAACGGUUGGAUGAAGCUAUAAUCUCCUACAUCUUAUACGGUGCUCUCCUGGGUCUGCAGCACUUACACAACAACCGAAUCAUUCAUCGUGACGUCAAAGGGAACAACAUUCUCCUGACGACGGAAGGAGGAGUCAAGCUUGUUGACUUUGGUGUUUCUGCACAGCUCAGUAGCACGAGGUUGAGAAGAAAUACAUCUGUAGGAACCCCAUUUUGGAUGGCUCCUGAGGUCAUUGCUUGUGAACAACAGUAUGACUACUCCUAUGAUGCUCGGUGUGAUGUAUGGUCCCUUGGGAUCACGGCCAUUGAACUGGGUGAUGGAGAUCCACCUUUAUUUGACAUGCAUCCUGUGAAAACGCUUUUUAAGAUUCCAAGGAAUCCCCCUCCUACUUUGUUAAAGCCAGAAAUAUGGUCCAGAGGAUUCAACCACUUCAUUUCACAGUGUCUUAUUAAGGACUUUGAAAAACGUCCAUCUGUCACCCACCUUUUAGAGCAUCCCUUCAUUAGACAAGCUCACGGGAAGGACAUGGCACUCCAGAAGCAGCUGGCUAAUCUCAUCCAAGCACAACAACAACUGGGCACCGUGACCAAGACAAGGCAUGAGAGAAUACAUACUCAAAGACCUUACCGUACUGAUACACCUGAGAAAUAUUCGCCAGAUGAUGAUUUGGUAAACCUUGAAGUCCUGGAUGAGGAUACAAUUAUUCAUCAGCUGCAGAAACGCUAUGCCGACUUACAGAUUUAUACAUACGUCGGAGAUAUCUUAAUAGCCUUAAACCCUUUCCAGAAUCUCAGCAUAUAUUCUCCACAGUUUUCCAAGCUGUACCACGGUGUGAAGCGUUCUACAAACCCACCUCACAUAUUCGCUUCUGCAGAUGCAGCUUACCAAGGCAUGAUUACUUUUAGCAAAGACCAGUGCAUUAUCAUCAGUGGAGAAAGCGGUGCUGGAAAGACUGAAAGUGCCCAUCUCAUUGUGCAGCAUUUGACCUUCCUGGGAAAGGCCAACAAUCGUGCUUUGCGGGAGAAAAUUCUACAAGUGAACCCUCUGGUAGAAGCCUUUGGCAACGCAUGCACUGCAAUCAAUGACAACUCCAGUCGGUUUGGAAAAUACCUGGAAAUGAUGUUUACGCCAACAGGAGCCGUAAUGGGAGCAAAAAUUUCUGAAUAUCUGCUAGAAAAAUCCAGAGUAAUAAAGCAAGCUGUAGGGGAGAAAAACUUCCAUAUAUUUUAUUAUAUUUAUGCUGGCCUUUAUCAUCAGAAGAAACUCUUCGAAUAUAAACUGCCUGAAGAAAAGCCUCCUAGGUAUAUUGAUAAUGACACUGGAAGGGUGAUGUGCGAUAUUAUUAGUAAAGAAUCUUAUGGAACUCAGUUUGAAGCCAUUCAGCAUUGCUUUAGAAUCAUAGGGUUUACUGACGAGGAAGUGCAUUCAGUGUAUCGAAUUCUGGCUGGGAUCUUAAAUAUAGGAAACAUCGAAUUUACUGCCAUUUCCUCACAACACCAAACCGAUAAAAGCGAAGUGCCGAAUGCCGAAGCCUUAGAGAGCGCUGCUGCCCUGUUGAGUAUUGGCUCAGAAGAACUUCAGGAAGCGCUUACCUCACAUUGUGUUGUCACACGCGGGGAGACCAUUAUCCGAACAAACACAGUGGACAAAGCAGUUGAUGUGCGAGAUGCCAUGUCAAAGGCGCUUUACGGUCGACUCUUCAGUUGGAUCGUAAAUCGUAUUAAUACCCUGCUACAGCCGGAUAAAAAUAUAUGCAAAGCUAAAAGUGGCAUGAAUGUUGGGAUUCUGGAUAUUUUUGGAUUUGAGAAUUUUACAAGAAACUCAUUUGAACAGCUGUGCAUAAAUAUUGCUAAUGAGCAGAUUCAGUUUUAUUUCAAUCAGCACAUCUUUGCACUUGAGCAGAUGGAAUAUCAGAAUGAAGAAAUUGAUGCGCCUAUUGUUGACUAUGAAGACAACAGGCCACUCCUAGAUAUGUUCCUCCAGAAACCAAUGGGCCUGCUUUCUCUCCUUGAUGAAGAAAGUCGAUUUCCUCAAGCAACGGAUCUUACUUUAGUUGAUAAAUUUGAAGAUAACUUACGAUGCAAGUACUUCUGGAGACCCAAACGAGUGGAGCUGUGUUUUGGCAUUCAGCACUAUGCUGGGAAGGUGCAAUACGAUGCAUAUGGUUUCUUGGAGAAGAACAGAGACACCCUUCCUGCUGACAUCGUAGUGGUGCUGAGGACUUCAGAGAACAGGCUUCUGCAGCAGCUCUUCUCUAGCCCUUUGACCAAAACAGGUAACUUGGCGCAGACGAGAGCUAGAGUGACAGCAGCAUCCAGGUCUUUACCCCCACAACUCAGUGCUGGCCGCAUCAAGUCUCCCAAGUAUCUUCUCAAGGUUGACACUAUGGAAAUUAUGAGACAUCCUGAGGAAACAACCAACAUGAAGAGGCAAACUGUGGCUUCAUAUUUUAGGUAUUCUCUAAUGGAUCUGUUGUCCAAAAUGGUGGUUGGGCAGCCUCAUUUUGUUCGCUGCAUUAAGCCCAAUGAUGACAGGGAAGCAUUGAAAUUUUCCCAGGCAAGAGUUUUAGUGCAACUGCGCUACACCGGUAUUCUAGAGACCAUCAACAUACGUCGACAAGGGUAUUCUCAUCGCAUUCUCUUUGAGGAGUUUGUGAAAAGGUAUUAUUACAUCGCUUUCAAGGCACAUGAAACUCCUGUUGCCAACAAAGAGAGCUGCAUUGCUAUUCUGCAAAAAGUCAAGUUAGAUAAGUGGGUACUUGGAAAAACAAAGGUUUUCUUGAAGUAUUAUCACGUCGAACAACUGAACUUGGUCCUGCAUGAAGUCAUAGGCAGGGUAGUGGUCAUGCAGGCUUACACCAAAGGAUGGCUUGGAGCGAGGAGGUACAAGAAACUGAAAGAGAGAAGAGCCAAUAGUGCCAUUGCUAUUCAGUCAGCCUGGAGAGGAUAUGAUGCACGCAGGAAGUUCAAGGAUAUAAAGAACAGAAGAGUGGAUGCUGCUAUUCAUAUUCAAGCAGCUUUCAGGGGAUAUUUAGCUCGCAGAAAUUAUUCAAGGAUGAAAAUCAGCAUUAACCACACAACAGAUACAGAGUCAGCGAGCUUUCUUUCCAGGUGUGAGGGAAAUUGGAAGAAAAGUUGCAGCCCGUCUUCUCCUGCAGAGCCGGAUUUUCUCAACAAACACCCGAGCAAGGUACUGUGAAUUUUUUAAAAGGAUGCAGGUGAUAUUUCAUCAUCUCUGGUUGUUUCACAGGAUUCAGCUUUGCAACCCAUCAGCCAAGCCCAUGCAGUGGAAGAUCCCCAGUUCUCUUGUUCACUGAGACUGCAUAAAACUCAAGGUUCGGAGUGUGUUCUGGAACAGAAGCUCAAGGCCCCCCGCCGACGGUGUCAGCAGCCCAAAAUGCUGAAUAGCCCCGAGGACAACUUGUAUUAUAACCAGUUAAAUGGAUCUCUAGAAUAUCAAGGGAGCAAGAGGAAGCCAAGAAAACUUGGGCAAAUAAAAGUCCUUGAUUGGGAGGAUGAGUACUACAAAUCAUUGUCAGCUGCUGAUUCUGUCUCAGAAGAAGACAACACACCCCAAGCUCUUCCUUCCUCCAGAGGAGUGUCCUUUCAGAGCUGAGCUUUUACCACUUAACUCUUCUGGCGCAAUGCUGGUUACCUCUGCUCCCCUUUCCCUGCAGGAUGAGGAAAGAGCUGAGGGGAAAGAAGUGAGAAGUCCUGCACAGGCAAGGGAACCCUGCCAUGACAGGACAGAAUCUGCACCUGCCUCCAUCCUAGCCCCUGCUCUUGCUGCUCCAACCUGCUUCUGGCCGGGCAGAUCUGCUCCCCUGAGAUCUGAUUCCACCUCACCGCUCUUACCUGGUCUGCUCCAGCUGGAGCUUCUACACAACGUAGCUUUGCCUCUCUGGGGCCAAACUGGAGGAGAGGCAGACCCUCCAGGGCUCCUCCUCUUCUGCAGCUGCUGACAUGGCCUAAGAUGUUCUGGGCCUAAGGCGACGCUCAAUGUGUUCUGGGUGUAGUUGUCUGGACUCUGCUUUGGUUUAUUUUGGGGUCUUUCCAUUUUUUAAAAAUUCUUUCUCCCCUUCUUGGCUUUUGUGUCAUGUUUGGAUUGGUUUUUGGCCUUGACUUACCUGUGCAUUGCUUAAUAACUGAAACUAAAUUUGUGAAAUAAAGGCAUGUUGAGCUUCUAAUGCAUUGCUUUUUUUUAAAAAACGCAGCAGCUACUCUUUGACAUUCAUUGCACUGCAAGAUCUGAUUUCGGGAUGCUAAAAUGAACCUAUCCCCCCAGACUCUCACUCAUUUAAGAAGCAGCAAAUAAUGGUCUCCCCGAAGCUGGCUUCUCCUGCCAGUGGGCAGGGUCCCAAACCGGAAUCUAUUUCCUCCACUCUCCAUCUCAGCAACACUGUCACGCAUGCUGCGGGUCUACUGCCAUUCUGUGUGUGCUUACUUUGCAUUCAGUCCCACUGUUAUCAAAGUUUUCUGCCAAGCUUUUCCUGAAGCCAUUUGCAAAGUAAACGGAAGACCCUUUGCACGUGGUUUAAAAUGCAAUCCUGUACAUGUGUAUGCAGAAGAAAGCUUUGCUUAUUCCCAGGUGAGUAUGAUUGCAAUAAAAAUGUUUCUGUGUUUGUGUGGAAAGACAGGAGAGAAAUUAAUUGUUCUGCAUAGAUCUGUUAACAAUACGGUUUACCUUGACUGUAUGUUUUAAUUAGAUUGUAUG